AGCCCAGCAGUAAAAACUUUCUCCAAGCGCUUAUUCACACGUUACGCGUUUAAGAAUUGACAGUAGCCCAGUUGCGCAGCUACACAGAUAAUAAAAAUACUCGACUGGAAAGUAAAAAUUGACAGCGAACUCAUAAGUGUGACAAGUACGCAGUCAGCUGAGGAUUACAGGUGUUGGCGUGGAAGUGAGAAUUUGUUUGGUGCGAAAAGAAACAAAAGCUGCCAGGCAACAACAACGUGAGGACGAACAGUAACUACGCAAAAAUGCGACACAGUAAACGAACGGCGCACAGCCUUAGCAAUAACAACAACAUACCGUGGCUAUUGCUGCUAUGUCUGCUGAUUGCCACACCAACUACCACCAUGGCAGCCAGACGUUCGCGCCUGGAUCUGGCAGAGAGCGCACAACCUGUCGCUCCAGUCGUCGAUGCCGCCUCCACCGCCACCGCCACGAAGGACAGCAAUUUGCCUAUUGCCGAGCAACAGGUCGCAGCAACAGCACCACUAGCCGAUGCCGUCGCACCGGUGGUAGCACCUGUGGCAGCACCGGUUUCCACAGCCGUCGAUGCAACAGCCAGCGACGAUGCUAAGCGUCAAUCAGAGUCUGCUGUCGGUAGCCAAACACCGGCUGUCGCUACCGAUUUGGGGGGUGGCUCCGAGGCAAAACAUGCCAUUGACAACUCGGCGAUCAGCGAAGCGGAAAGUGAACAGCAACAAGAAGUUGAUAUAGCCUCAGAGCGAGCAGCGUCGGCGGCGGCAUCGGACGUACCGGUUGCAGCACCUGCGGCACUCGCAUCGACAACCGCGGCUGCAGUAGCGUCUGCUGAAAAGUCGGCUGCACUUGAACACAAUGCCGAUGAGGAGGAUCAAUUACCCAAGGAACAGAAAGAAUUGCCGACAGAGAUUGGCGAUGAGGACAUUGACUUGUUGGAUGCCAGCAGCAACGUUGGCUUGGUUAGCGGCGGACACGAUGGCAACACGGUUGAGGAAUGCGAUCCGGAGUUGAUUGGCUUCGAAAUUGUGACUGGUUACGUUUUCUCUGCACCCGGAAAAUUAUUAAAUUCACUGCCUGGUACAUUGAUGUUGACCGAUUGCUUGGAGGCUUGCCAAUCGAAUGAAGCUUGUCGCGCUGUGAACUAUGAGACUGGAUUGUGUGUACUCUUCUCGGCUAAUGCAGAUAAAUUACCAGGCGCACUCACCAAAUCGCAAUUCCCCGUCUUCACAAUUUAUGCACAAAAAUCAUGUCUCGGCAUUCGGCCGUGCGCACGUGCCUGGUGUGUUGACCGCGUGCAGGGCUACAAGCUAAAUGGCUAUGCAAAGCGCACGAUACCAGUGGUUUCGCGACGUGAUUGUUUGGAAUUGUGUUUGGGCGAAAACGAAUUCACAUGCAGAUCGGCCAACUAUUAUCGCAGCUCAAAGACCUGUGAGCUCUCCGAAAUGGAUCGCAUUACAUUGGCCGGCAGUGGCGCAUUCCAACCGCACGAUGCUGUCGAUUAUCUGGAGAACAACUGCGCCGAUGAGCCAAAUAAAUUGUGCGAGUUCAAACGCUUGUCCGGUCGCAUAUUGAAAACGGUGGAUUCGGUGUAUCAGGAUGUUGGCAGCAUUGAUGAGUGUCGUGAUUUAUGCUUGAACUCGCCGUACAGAUGCCACUCGUACGACUAUGGUGAUACCGGCGAUAUGGUCUGCCGUCUUUCGCAUCACAGCCGCGCUACGCUCUCCGACGUACAAGAUCCCUACCUAGAAGUACCCGAAGCUGCGACCUACGAACUCUCAUCCUGCUACAAUGUGACCAUCGAAUGCGGCGCCGGCGAUAUGAUUGCACGCAUACGCACCUCUAAACUGUUCGACGGCAAAGUAUACGCGAAGGGCUCACCUAAAUCCUGCGCAGUUGAUGUAAAGAACGCACUGGACUUCGAACUACGUAUGGGCUAUCAAGAUCUGGAAUGUAAUGUACGUCAAAGCGGUUCGGGUCGCUAUAUGAACGAUGUAGUGAUACAACAUCAUGACACUAUUGUUACCUCCUCUGAUUUGGGUUUGGCUGUCACCUGUCAAUAUGAUUUAACCAACAAGUCGGUAACGAAUGAUGUGGAUCUCGGCGUGAAGGGUGACAUUGAGCCGGCGCUAAGCGAAGAGGUUAUUGUCGACUCACCGAAUGUUAUAAUGAAGAUCACAUCACGUGACGGUUCUGAUGUUAUGCGUUCCGCAGAAGUUGGUGAUCCCUUGGCGCUCAAAUUCGAAAUACUCGACGAACACAGUCCCUACGAAAUCUUUGUACGCGAACUGGUCGCCAUGGAUGGUACUGAUAAUGCUGAAAUUACGCUCAUCGAUUCGAAUGGUUGCCCUACAGAUCAUUUCAUUAUGGGACCGAUCUAUAAGAGUUCGUUGUCUGGUAAAAUACUGCUCUCACACUUUGAUGCAUUCAAAUUCCCCUCAUCGGAAGUUGUACAAUUCCGUGCACUCGUCACACCAUGUAUGCCAACAUGCGAGCCGGUGCAAUGUGACCAAGAGGAUAUUGGAGGUGAAUUCAAGUCGUUGAUUUCAUAUGGACGUAGGAGGCGUUCUCUGAAUGUGACAGCCACAUUCGCCGGUACAGUGCAGAGUAGCCACGAACAACACACACAACAACUACUGGAACAGCAAGAGCGUUUCCUCAGCCAACAACAACAAUUGCGCCUGCGCACCAGACGUGAGGCGGCGGCCACGACGAGCAGCAAACCUAGUCAAGAGGAUAUGCUUUUGGUACAAUCAAUUCAGAUCACUGACAAAUUUGGCUUCGAUAAGCAACAGCAACAACAACAGCCCAAGUCGACGGCAUACGAUAGCAACGAGACGAUUUUCAUUAGCGGCGAGCCAGGACAAGGAUACUGUGUUAAUGCGAUUGGCCUUAUUGUUGCCGUCACAGUCUUUUUACUCGCACAACUCGCUGUCAUCGCCAUCUGGACUUAUUUGCAUCAGCGACGCCGGAAGCAACAACCCUACAGCAAUGAAGGACUUAGCAGUGCCUCCAGUUACGGUUCACACAAUGGCGGCUCGACAAUGGUGACCAGUGUGCCAAAUGCGCGAUCGGAAUCGUUGUGUAAGCUAUAUGAUAGCGGUUUCGCUGGAAGACAUGGACGCCAAUUCUAAAUGAGCAAUGGAGACUUGAAGAAAAGAACACAAAGAAGGCAAAAAUAUUAUGAAAAAAAUGGCAAAAAGUAGAGAAGAAACGAUAAACCACCUUAUAAGGAUUUAUUGAGCAGUUGAGGCGAAGUGUUGGUUGGUGGGUUUGGGGGGUAGAGUGUGGAAGAAGAAGAAGAAGAAAAAGAACAGUAAGCGAGUAUUCUUGCCGCAAUAACUUAAUUGAUGCAAUAUUCACUGAAAAAUUUGGAAUGACGAACGCCAUUAAAGCAGUGUAGUAAGAGAAAAUAAAAUGAAGGCGUUGCUUAGCAGAUUUAAUAUUCGAGGUGCGUUCAAAUGAAACACACAUGGUGCCGAAAAGUAAAUCUCGUAGGCAAUAUUAAAAGCAUAUAAUAUUGAUUAAAGUAAUUACUUAUUUAAUAGCGUAUUAAUAUACUCGAAAGUAGGCAAGAAGAAAAAAAUCUAAGAAAUAUGAAACGAAGAAAAUAUGCGUUGGUGAAAAAGAAAAUAGUCUAAAAACCUAAUUUUAAGUUGUGCAAUGAGACAAACUCGAUUGCAAUUCAAAUAUUUAAGCGAAAAAAAAAACGAAUGCAAUAAGACAUUACAAGAUUAUUAUUAUUAUAUAUUUAUACACACAUACAUAUAUACAUAUCUAGGAAAUAUGUAGUAGAAAUGCGUUUAUAAACGGAAAAAAGGACGACUGAUAGUUAAAAUUUGUAUUAAUUUUCUUUUACGAAAUUCUUUGCAAAAAAUUCAAAAUGCAGCGAAUUAAGGAAAUUUAAUACGAUGUGAGAAGAGCUUUUGCAAGCUCCAGCGUGGUUGAACAGCUGCAAGCGAGACUUAAACUUAAGUAGAUUUUAUGCAUACAUACAUACAUAUAUACAACUAAGAUAACGGUGAAUGCAAAUUGAAGCGUGGAGUAGUGAAGACAUUAAAUCAUUUAGUUUCUAGAAUUGCUGCAUUUAUUGAGCAUUUUAAAGUAGUUAAACUAGUUUUACAAAACCACAUACAAACCGAGUGAAACAGCAGAGCCACAAAGCAAUCACAUACAUACAUUUAAAACAGUCACAAAAUACAUAACCAAUCCACAUACUACACACCCCUUCAAUAAUGCAAUAACGCUUAAGUUACACAGUUAAUAAUAACUGUAUGCAAUAUAUAAUUUAGUUUAGUUAUGCCAGAAAUGAAAAAAAAAACAAUUUACGCGUAAUUUGUAUGCCACUAAGUAUGACUUUGGCCUUUGACUUUGCGUCGUUUGACAGCCACUUAACCUAAGUA